UGCGUAUAUACUGCCACAUGCUUGCGACGUCACUGCUCUUCCUUCUUCGGUUCCAUGCCAACAUGGCGACUUCCAUGGCAUCUCAGGCUGCAGCUAGAGGACUGAGGGCUGCUUCGUUCAGGCACCUGUUUCUGGACAAAGUCAAGUGCACCACGGUGAGUCCCAGAAGAUGGCUGAAUCUGCAAGAGUACCAGAGCAAAAAACUGAUGCAAGAAAGCGGCGUGGCUGUCCAGCGUUUCUAUGUGGCAGACUCAGCUUCUGAGGCUCUGAAGGCAGCAAAGAGACUCAAUGCUAAAGAGAUUGUUCUGAAAGCUCAGAUUUUGGCUGGCGGCAGAGGCAAAGGGGUUUUUGACAGCGGGCUUAAAGGUGGAGUGCACUUGACUAAGGACCCUGCUGUUGUUGGAGAGUUGGCCAAGAAGAUGCUGGGUUUUAACUUAACCACCAAGCAGACGCCAAAAGAUGGAGUGAAAGUGAAAACAGUGAUGGUUGCUGAGGCUCUGGAUAUUAGCAGGGAGACCUACUUUGCCAUCCUAAUGGAUCGCUCCUGUAAUGGUCCAGUCAUGGUUGGCAGCCCACAAGGAGGAAUGGAUAUUGAGGAGGUGGCUGCCAGCACCCCAGAACUAAUUUUCAAGGAAAUCAUAGACAUAUUCGAAGGUGUGCGUGAUGACCAGGCCCUUCGCAUGGCAGCUAAUUUGGGUUUCAAAGGACCUCUGCAGAGACAGGCAGCCGAUCAGAUUAAGAGGCUCUAUGAUCUGUUCCUGAAAGUCGACGCCACUCAGGUCGAAGUCAAUCCUCUCGGAGAGACUCCCGAAGGACAAGUGGUUUGCUUUGAUGCCAAGAUCAACUUUGACGACAAUGCAGAGUUCCGUCAGAAAGCUGUGUUUGCCAUGGACGACAUGACGGAAAGCGACCCCACAGAGAUGGAGGCAGCCAAGUGGGACCUCAAAUAUAUUGGACUGGAUGGGAACAUUGCUUGCUUUGUGAAUGGAGCUGGAUUGGCCAUGGCCACAUGUGACAUCAUCGACCUGCAUGGUGGGAAGCCCGCUAAUUUUUUGGAUCUGGGUGGAGGAGUCAAAGAACGGCAGGUGUACGAGGCCUUUAAGCUGCUCACCGCUGAUCCUAAGGUAGAGGCCAUCCUGGUCAACAUUUUUGGUGGAAUUGUCAACUGUGCCAUUAUUGCCAAUGGUAUCACCAAGGCCUGUCGUGAGCUGGAGCUGAAAGUGCCACUGGUCGUCAGGCUUGAAGGCACCAACGUCACUGAAGCCAAGAGGAUCCUGACUGAGAGUGGCCUCCCCAUCACGGCUGCGGAAAACCUGGAUGACGCUGCCAGGAAAGCAGUAGCAGCCAUCAAGAAGGAGUAGAAGAGCAUCAGAACUGAAGUGUUUGUCAGGACAUUUCUCACACACUCUUCCACAUGUCUUUUUAUUUUAAUUAUUUCUGUUGAGCUAAAAUGCUUCCAAACCCGUGGUGCCAGCUUCACAUCUCUGUCACUGGUGCUGUGGUGAAGGUUCACCUCAUUUUCUAUCCUCACAUCUUCCAGUGAGAAAUGCUGUUUGGGCUUCUGUCACCAAUUUUUCCUUCUUUUUGAAUUUUUUUUUUUAACACUAUGAAGGUGAAAAUGUUCUCAUUACAGAACAUCAUGACGUUCUCGCAGCCCUUUUGGAGACCAGGUAAAGCCUAGUACUUUGUGCAUUCCAGUCCUUGAGGCAAAAAAAAGUUUUGUUUUUUUCCCAAUAACAUCAUUUCUCUCCUCACAUUUGUGUGAAAUAUUAAUUAAGAAAAACAUCUUCCAUUAUCAUCUCUGCUUUUUAGAAGUAGAACCACUGUGAAAUCAGCUCAUUUGUAAGAUGGGAGUGUGUCUGGUGUGAAGUGCCUCAGGUCUGCUCAAAACUCCAGUCUGUUGUAAAUUCUUCACACACGUUUCACUUUAAGUGAUAGCGAUCCAUUAUAAUAAUAAUGAGAAGAAAAAUGAAAAAUAAAAAAAUAAAUAAGUGAUGACAUUAUGAAUUAAAGAAGGAUCUAACAGGUGACAUCAUAGACUCUAGCUUUGAAUCCAUGCCCAUAUCAGGAGAGUCCGUCGUCUCCAGCUUCUGCAGUCCAAGCACGUUUAGUACAAAAGGGAUGAAAAUACUCUCAUUAGUUGAUUGACUUCUAUUUUCAUGAUUGUAUAUGUUCAUAUGUAUACAGUGUAAUAACUGUGUAUAUAACUUUAGAGAUUAAAUCAACCUUUUACAACUGUG